CUCGGCUCCUGCUCGACCGAGUUGACAGGCCAUCCAUCGUCAUCUCUCCGCUUUCGACCCCGGAUUUAAUCAUCAGCAGCAGCAGCAAUCAUCCGAUUCAAAGGAACAACAUAUUUACCUCCGUACUUACAAUACCAUCACCACAACACUACUCAACCCAAAGACCAAAAGAAGUGCGCAAGGAACUUGAAAAAGAAAGAAAAGCAAAAAUGUCCCAGACCUUCACGCCCGCCGACGUCGCUUCCCACAACAACGCCGACAAGGGCCUUUAUAUCAUCAUCGACAAGAAUGUGUACGAUGUGACCAAGUUCGUGGACGAGCACCCCGGCGGCGCGAAAAUCCUGAAGCGUGUCGCAGGGAAAGAUGCUAGCAAGCAGUUUUGGAAGUAUCACAACGAGGGAGUGCUGAAGAAGUAUUCGCCAAAGCUGAAGAUCGGGGAGGUGAAGGAGGCUGCAAAGCUGUGAUGGAGAAUGUUCGAGUAUGUGUUGUCAUAUAGAAGGGGAAAUGUGUGCCUUUCUCCUAACCUUUUCUACGUGGCCCGGUCGUCUAGUCCGGCGCGAUUACGCUUUUAGCACUACAUUGCACAAUACUACCUUUUCAUGUACGCAUAUGCCUGCGGAGUGUUGAUUAUCCUAGAAUAAAUGUCAAUGAUUUU